GUACAUUAGACUGCAUCGCCACAGAAAAAGUUGCGAUGAAAAAACUACACGUGGAAGUUGGGACAAUACUAGACAGCUGCAUACUGAAAUCCAAGAACUAAAGAGCAUUGUUGAAAACCAAAACAUGAUGAUUAUGGGAGAACUGACAACUCACAAUGUUUUAUUAAAUCAACUUUUGCACCAAGAAUCCAUCACAGACGACGUCAUUCAAGUCUUCCCUUUAAAAUCUUUGGAGGAUGUAGAUAAAAUUAACAUAGAACUAUCUGGGCCAAACAAAGCAGUUUAUGCAAAAGCAAUAAAGUCACUAUUAAAGGGAAAGCUGACAAAAAAAUUGGAUACUGUAAUGUCUAUGGACCUAAUAAUAUCAUUUAAUAUAGAUGGAGUUCACGGAAAACAGAGUUUGAAAGAAUAUAGAAAUUUUUUCGAAAUUUUGUUAGAUGCGAUCGAUGCCGCUGACCCUGUGCAAGAACUUCGAACAGCAUUAUCCGUAGUAAAAAAACGAUACUUUCACAAAAUUUGCAUCCAGAAAGCAGCAGCUAAAGCAAAACCAACACAGUAGUAUCAACGAAUCAAUAUUGCCAGUUCUUGUUUGCCAGUUGUUUCAGGAUCUGAGUUUUUACCUAUGCUUAUGUAACCAUAAUAUACUUAAAUAUAAGUAAUUAUAUUAUAUUUUCGCAAAACAAGUCAAUUAAGAAUAUUUAAAGAAUGAACGGACUUUCAGCAACGUCAUACUUGCACUUUACUAUACUAAAAUUUAAUGGGCUAUAAAAAUAGCAAAGACUGUGAACAUAUAAAAAAGUCACUGUACGCGCAAUAAAACCAAAUAUUAAUUAAAUUAUUCCUUACAAAUAGAGCUCGGAAUCUCAUCCAAAUGCAUGUUUUUAUUGGGCAUCUUCAAAUGAAAAUGGUCUUU